UUUUUUUUUUUUCAAAAAAUUUUUAUAAACAAUCGAGAUAUUUUUUUAAUCUAUAAUUUUACUACAUUAAAUCUUGAGAAUUUCCUUCCAUCUUUCAAGUAUGAGUAAAGACGAAGAAUUUAAUGAUAUCCCGGAUGCAGAGAUUGAGUCCAACUGGGAAGAAGUGGUCGACAACUUUGAUAAUAUGAAUCUUAAACCUGAACUUCUCCGGGGUAUCUAUGCUUACGGGUUCGAAAAACCUUCGGCUAUUCAACAGCGAGCUAUUCUCCCUGUUAUAAAAGGGCAUGAUGUAAUUGCCCAAGCGCAAUCGGGAACGGGCAAGACUGCUACAUUUUCUAUUUCUAUUUUACAAAAGCUUGAUAUGUCCAUUAAUCAGUGUCAAGCUCUUGUACUUGCUCCGACUCGUGAAUUGGCUCAACAAAUUCAGAAAGUAGUAAUUGCACUUGGCGAUUUCAUGAACGUUGAAUGCAAUGCUUCGAUUGGUGGUACAAACGUUCGUGAAGGAAUUAAAAAGCUCGAAGCUGGUGCCCACGUAGUCGUUGGAACACCCGGACGUGUAUUUGAUAUGAUAAACAGGCGUGCUUUAAAAACGGAUCAUAUCAAGAUGUUUGUUUUGGAUGAGGCAGAUGAAAUGUUGUCACGUGGUUUUAAAGAACAAAUCUAUGAUGUCUUCCAGCUCCUUCCUCCAAGCACCCAAGUAGUUCUCUUGUCUGCUACGAUGCCAGCUGAUGUUCUGGAAGUGACCACCAAAUUUAUGCGUGAACCCGUUAGAAUUCUAGUUAAGCGUGACGAAUUAACAUUGGAAGGUAUUAAGCAAUUUUAUAUUGCCGUUGAGAAGGAGGAUUGGAAACUUGACACUUUGUGCGAUUUGUACGAAACCGUGACUAUUACCCAGGCUGUUAUUUUCUGUAAUACACGAAGAAAAGUCGAUUGGUUAACCGAUAAAUUGCAUGCCCGAGAAUUUACUGUAUCCGCUAUGCACGGAGAUAUGGAUCAAGCUCAGCGUGACGUUAUCAUGAAAGAGUUUCGUUCCGGAUCCUCUCGUGUACUUAUCGCCACGGAUCUUUUAGCUCGUGGUAUUGAUGUUCAACAAGUAUCAUUGGUCAUCAAUUAUGAUCUUCCUACCAAUCGUGAAAAUUAUAUUCAUCGUAUUGGUAGAGGUGGUCGAUUUGGUAGAAAAGGUGUUGCUAUUAACUUUGUUACGAGCGAAGAUGUUAGAAUGCUCCGCGACAUAGAACAAUUUUACAACACACAAAUCGAUGAAAUGCCCAUGAAUGUAGCGGAUUUGAUCUAAAAAAAAAAUAUAUAUAUAUUUUUCACAUUAUUACUCAUUUUACGAUUCAUUCAUAUCACCACCAAAAAAAAAAAAAUUAUAAUCG